UAAUGUAAAUGUGGAUAGUUUGAUCGUUUCUUGUAGUUGUUUAAACCAACUUUCAGAGGGGAAUUUCAUUGUUUGAAGAGCAAACGGUCGACGGACUGCUAUGUACAUGUAUGUAUAUGGAAUGCGGUUAGCUGUUUGUUACUCGGCCGUUUCUUACUCCGUCAAUUGGAAUGAUCAAUUAAAACGUCGGUUGGUGUCGCGCUCGAGCAAGAUGCCGCGGACGUGACGAGGAAGGGAGAUUAGGGCAGGAGGGAACGGUUGAAAAGAGUGAAUCAGAGGUUCGUAGGAACAAGGAGAAAGAAAGCGAGACCCGAACGAUUCCAAAGAGGAUGGACUAGGACGGUGACGGCAACGAUCUUUGCGGGAGUCGGUCGCCGCCGUCUGCUUCUCCCACGUGCAUCGUCGCUCGUUCAAGCUCAACUGGAUAACAUCGAAACAUUGUUACGGGCUGUUUCAGUGUUGUUUGAAAAAUCAAGAGUACCGCGAGGAAGUAUUUUUAUCUACCACCGCAUCCUGUCGAUCGUCACUCUAGACUAUGACAAUUUCCGACGGCCGAAGCUGUUGCGUCGUUCGAGUUACAACUACCGCUUUUCCGAACAAAUGUACAUUUCCUUAGGCCCGAGCACGGACAUCCAAAGGAAAUCGAACGGGAAACGCAAAGAUGGGAUUCGACCGCGAACUUGCCGACAUACUUCGGGAUGUGGUGCAAUUUUUGGAGUGGUUGCGAGAAGUGAAGCUUCCCGUCAACUUGGAGAGUAUUCGCGAUAGUCUACUGAUGCGGUCCAAGGAUACCAUGACGAUGCUCAUGGUGGAGAGAAUGGUCGAAAGACCAAGUUCUCCGGAUCCGAAUCAGUACUUGAACAUGAACGCGGCUGGACCGAAAGGUUUAGUGGCGACGACGAACACGGAACCCGAACUCGAGGAGUACGUGCCCGCCGAACAACACCAGCCGCAAAACCAACCGCAACACGAUUAUUACGAGACCUUCGAACCGAUCGAGUCGACGAAUGCUACGACCGAUCUUUUUCGUCUUUCGAGCAAACACCAGCAAAUCGAAACCACGCUAAUGGACAUUUAUUCCAACUUUUCGGCAGCCCAAGCGAAAAACCAGUGUCUCAUGUGCGGUCCCCUUUACAGAAAGGAAGGCAAGAAGCUGUUUGUUUUCGAACAAUAUCGAGCGUGUUGGGUCGGCUUGCUGGGACUACAUUUGUUGAUUUACGGAAACGAUCACGACAAUCGUCCGUGGAUGAUUCUACCGAUUCGCGGUUACAUGGCUCGAGCUGCUCCGAAUGCGAUUCCUCGAGAUCAACGGAAAAGCGAGUCUACGUUCGAAAUCUUUUGCCCAGGCAAUAAAACUUUUCAAUUUAUCGCAAGGACGCCAAAUGACAUGGAACAAUGGGUAGCGAAAAUUUCCGAAUCGAGCCAAGGAGAGAGAAACGAGAACAAAGAGUUUACGAAUUCCCUGGUCGCCAGCACACCCGCCGAAACCAAUACCUCGCAGUCGGAGGAAAGGUUCGAAAAGUUACCUCGGCAACAUUCCAAUUCUAACGAAGAAAGAUAUCAAGACGUAGAAUCUUUGGGCAUCGAUAAGCUGCCGAUCAAUAAUCCUUCGAUAGUUUCUAGCGUUACCAACCAACACGGACAAGCCUCUUCUUCGAAAGACGCUCUCGUACAAGUCGCCAAUUCUUCGAUUCUUUCUACUCCUGCUCCUGCUCCUCCUUUGCCAGCUCGAAUCCCUCGAAGAUUGCCAUCCCUACCGGUCCGUGCUUCGUCGUCGACUUACAGACUCCCCGACGAAGAAGAAGACGAUAUCUAUCACAAGAUCGAAGAUUUCAGGGAUACCGGACAUUGCUACGGCAACGUUGGUAACGUUCCCGAAAUUAGACUCGCAACCUACGACGACGUGUUCGCGAGCAAAGAUGAAUCCAAGUCCGAAGAAAAGCCAAAGAAAGCGAAGAAGAAAAAGCAUCUCGAAUCCGCUACAAGACGAUCCAAUCGGUUGGAGAACGAAGCAACCUACGACGAUGCCGCGCCUGCGGCCACCGCGUCGAAGGACACCCUCGCACACGCACGUCUCGACCAACGAGAUCAAUCAGAGUCUUACGACGAUAUCGAGAAUUUCCUUCCAAACGCAACAUCGAGCAAUAUUCGACCAACGGAAGUAACAGAGGAGCCGACAAAGUCGCCGGUUAAGAAAUCUUUUCUAGACAAAGUGAGAAAGAAAAAGGAAUCACCGCGGAAAAAUGACAAAAAACAGAAACGUCAAAUUACGACGCCGCCACCAUCGGCAAACAUUCAACAACUACCAACUUACGACGACAUAUCCGAUUUAAUGAACAAUCAGAAAGCUAAGCGAAAUUUCGAAGACGAAUCAGAGUAUACCAGUCCGCCUCCGCCUAGACCAGUUUGCGCAAAGCCACCGCCUUUAACCGUCGACGCAGCCGAUAACCAAGAAUUUUAUGACGACGUUGUCACGUGUCGCGGAAACUAUACGAACGAAGAAACAUGUCAAUCGGAUCAGCGAAUUCCGAAACAGCUGAAUCACGUUCGUCGGUCUGUUCGUCCAGAAAUCGAUAACUUUGUAUCGCGCGAAAACAUCGAUAACCCUCGGCAAUCGCUCCAAGACAACCAACACUAUCAAACACCACGCACCGAAUCGAGUCAUCGCAAGUAUCCUCUUGUCGAUCAACAGGAACAACUGUACGACGAUAUCGCUAUACUUGCAGAUUUCACAGCACGCCAAAAGGAAUGUCUUGGUAAAAAAGACAACCAAGACGCAACCAACACGCAGAUUAGUUUCGAGAAGAGAUCGUGGAAUCGAUUCGUCAAUGGGAAAAAGUCCAAAAUUCCAGAUCCUAUGGGUUUCGAUAGAAAUAGUCGAAUUUCGAGCGGCACCGAAGACUCGGACGAUCGCAACGACCACCAUGGCGUGAUGCGAAUGAAUACCUUUCAAAAGUUAAUCAGUAAAAUGGAAAACUCUCUCGGUAAAUCGUCCGUGAAAACAACGUCAUCGGUCAUAUUGAAUAAAACAAACGUGACCAACAAUGCAUGAUAUCAAAGGGAACGAUCGAUACCUUUUCUUUUAUCGAUCGGUACAAUAUUUACAGACCAAAGAUGGUAGACUAGUUAUUUCGAUGCCAACGUUUCUAUUGCAUCAAAAUCACUCACGUUUGUAACAAUUUUUUACUUUGCAAAAUAAAUUACGCGCCUCAAAUUACGCGAUAACACGCUAUGUCAGUGAAUCGAUAAUAAACAACAUUCUGUUUAUUAUUA